AUGUUUCGCUGUAAAACUUGUCACGCCAACAUCGGCAAUACAGUUCGAAUAAACUGUGCCGAAUGUCAAGACUUUGAUUUAUGUGUUACUUGCUUUACUUCCGGGGCAGAAUCGGAUAAUCAUAAAAGUUCGCAUGAUUAUCGAGUUUUGGAGCAAUACUCAUUUCCUUUAUUUACAGAAGAUUGGGGAGCAGACGAAGAAGAAUUAUUGAUCGAGGGUGCUGAAAUGCAUGGACUAGGUAAUUGGCAAGAUAUAGCAGAAUUUAUAGGGAGUAAAACUAAAGAAGAAUGCGAACAACAUUAUAUGGAUAUAUAUGAGAAUAGUGAAACAUGGCCAAUACCGAAUAUGGACGUAAAAUUCAAGCUUGAUGACGAGACCAUGAGAGAAAGAAAACGACGGCGUGUUGUGACAAUUGAAAAUCGACCUCAAAAUCCUCCACCCAAAGUUCUUACAAAGCCGUUGCAAAGUUUACCAGCAAAUCAUGAAAUUACCGGCUUUAUGCCGAAUCGAAUGGAAUUUGAACAUGAGUAUGAUAAUGAAGCAGAACAUGUUAUUAAAGAUUUAGAAAUUAAUGAGCAAGAUGAUCCGAAGGAUACUGAAAUGAAAACAAUCGUAUUAGAAAUAUAUAAUAAAAAAUUGAAAAAGAGAGCUGAGAGAAAGAAAUUAAUAUUUGAACAUGGUCUUUUAGAUUAUAGAAAGAAUAAAGCAAUGGAAGAAGAGAAAUAUAAAAGUAAAGAGGAAAAAGAACUAAUAAAUAAAAUCAAACCAUUUGCGCAAGUGCUAAGUAAACAAGAUUUUGACGAUUUAAGAGACGAAUUACUAGAGGAACUUAACACGCGAAUAAAAAUAGAAAAAUUACAAGAGUAUCGACGAAUGGGAAUAUUGACCGAAAAUGAAGCGACCAAAUAUGAAGUAGAUAAGGCACAAAAGGAGGCAAACCAACUAGCGGCCAGGCCGCAUAAUGGACAAUUUAUGUCUACGGUCUCAGCCAGCAGCGAUCGUUUAGCAAAAAUAUAUGCGGCCAAAAUAUCGUCUGUUUCACAGCAGCAACAAUCUCCGUUAUCGUCGCCAUAUGGUUGCAAAACGAUUCCAUCCUCUUCUACCAGAAUCAAUAAUCGAAAAAUUCCAGCGGCACUUGAUCUUAAUGACGCAGAAGGUGUUCAUUUGUUAUCUGAAGCUGAACGAAAAUUAUGUGAGAAUUUACGAAUAUUACCAAAGUCUUAUCUAGUAAUAAAAGAGACGAUCCUAAAAGAAUGGGCUAGAUCGGGAGGGACCCUGAGGAGACGUCAAGCACGAGAUCUUAUACGGAUUGAUGUCAACAAGACGGCUAGAAUAUAUGACUUUUUUAUAGAAAUGGGAUGGAUACGGCGGAUAUCAGAUAAUGGAUAUACAACGGGUGAAAUCGGUGGUGGAAAUGGAAAUAAUGAUGUAACUUCCAUCGGUGUAAACGGAGGAAAAAGUGGUGUGGUCAUUAAUGGUACUUCAUCACCUAUUGUUAAUAACAUUCAUAAGAAACAUGAUUGA